CAGUCUGUUCUACUGUUGGUCAGUGGUGUCUUCAUCUAUUUCUUUGUCUCCUUUAGCUCGCCCCUCAAAGGAACGUUCUUGUGUUGUGACUGGUUUGGAGCCCUACACUGAGUAUAAUUGCGAAAUUCAACCUCGUUUCAACGGUAAACCCAUUGGCAUUCCACACGGAAAGGGAAACAUUAUGACCAGCGCUGGAGUGCCCGAUGCCGUUACAAUUAAAAGACCAACUCUGGUGGAGAACAAUGCCUUCCUGGUGGAAUGCAAUCCUUUAGAUCAGAAUGCCUGGAGAGGAAAAGAAAGAUGGUACCGCGCCACAAUCACUGGAUUUAAAGAGAUAAAACAAAACCAUUGUUCUUUCAAAUUCCGUGAUCUGAGCUACUCCACGGGGUACACGGUAUCGAUCGUCGCCUUCAAUGGAGAGUAUUCCGGGGAAGCGGUGGAAGUCCAACUUCAGACCAGCUUUCCAGCGGGGGUUCUGCUGCGUGUCCUGGUGCUGCUGGGCUUCUCCGUCCCUACCCUGGUGGUUCUGCUCCACCUCUUUGACUGGUGGAGAACCAGAGGUAACAAGACGGCAACAGAAGAGUGCAUUGGUCUGAACUCUGCCAGCGACGCCCCGUCAGCCAGAGAACACCUCGGCCCAGGGGCCAGUGACGAGCAUCAGUCCAGCUAUGUUGACAUCACAGAUCAAUGCAGUGCCGCGUACCACGAGCCUCUGAAGCUGGACCGGACGGGGCACGGAGGCCUGCACGAGGACACGUACUUCCUCGAGAGGUCUCCCGCGGAGAACCGCGUCAUCCUGAACCAGCUCUGUCCCACAACGUGA